UCCAGACUUUGAACCUGUGGACUGAAAGGAACAGAGAGUGACAGUGUGCUUAGAUAUUCUGAGGACAGUCAUCAUGUGGCUUCAUGUUCUCUGUCUUACAUUAAGUUUCCACUGCUGUCAUCCCGCCUCGGUGUUCUUGGCGCGGGACCAGGCCCAUGGCCUCCUCAUCCGGCCUAAGCGUGCCAACACCGGCUGGUUCGAGGAGCUCAAAAGGGGGGACCUGGAGCGAGAAUGCCUUGAGGAGAAGUGUUCCAAAGAGGAGGCGCGGGAAGUGUUUGAGCACGAACAGGCUACGGAGGAGUUCUGGAGAAACUACAAUGUUCAAGACAGCUGCCAAUCUGACCCCUGCCAGAACAAAGGAAGCUGCUCUAGCAUAUCAGGAUCUUCUUACACCUGCCUGUGCCUGCCAGGCUUCAGUGGACGGAACUGCGAGCUAGCAUUCAAGGCCAUUCCUGACUCCUGCUUGCAUGAGAACGGGGGCUGUGAGCACUUCUGCGAGGAGGAGGGGGGCCGACGCAACUGUUCAUGUGCGGACGGCUACUUCCUGGGGACUGAUGGACAGCGUUGCCUGACACAAGAAACAAUGGCCUGUGGGAAGGUUCCUGUCCUGCACAACAGCGCCUCGGAGAAGGGAGACGUCCCGUUGGACCCCCGUUCACGCAUCGUGGGGGGAACAGAGUGCCCUAAGGGUCACUGCCCCUGGCAGGUGUUGUUAGUGAGAAAUGGGAAGGGCUUUUGUGGAGGAGUCAUCUACAAACCCACUUGGAUCCUCACUGCCUCUCACUGCUUGGAGAAUAUCAAGGCCCAGCACCUGAAGGUGGUGGCAGGUGAACACGACACAGAGAAAGACGAGGGUACGGAACAGACCAUAGAUGUGGCAGAGAUCAUCAUGCACAACAGCUACGUGACAGACACGGCGGACAGCGACAUCGCCCUGCUACGUCUGAAGAGUGUCAUCACUAUGACGCCUUUCGCCGUGCCCGUCUGCCUGCCCACCCGCUCGAUGGCGGAGCGUGAGCUCUGGGCCAUCAACCUCCACACGGUGAGUGGCUGGGGCCGGCGCAGCGAGAACGGCCCUACGUCACGUGUCCUCCGGCGGCUGGAGGUGCCACGUAUACGUACCCAGGACUGCGUUGAGAUGAGCGGUGUCACGCUAACGGCUAACAUGUUCUGCGCCGGCUACAUCGAGGGCAGGCAGGACUCCUGUAAGGGGGACAGCGGCGGACCACUGGUCACCCGCUACAGAGACACCACAUUCCUUUUGGGUAUCGUCAGCUGGGGAAAGGGGUGCGCCCGGCCGGGGAACUACGGGAUUUACACCCGCGUGUCCAACUACCUGGACUGGAUCCACAACUACACGGCAGAGCAGCCGACAGUGCAGCCGACAACGCAGACGCAGAACACCACGGCCACAAUGCAAAACACCACGGCCUCACUGCAAAACACCACGGCCACACUGCAAAACACCACGGCCACACUGCAAAACACCACGGCCACACUGCAAAACACCACGGCCUCACUGCAAAACACCACGGCCUCACUGCAGAACACCACGGCCACACUGCAAAACACCACGGCCAAUCCAAAUGCAGUCUUAUAAGUGUCACAGAACAGGAGCAGUGCUGAGCCCAGUACCUGAUUGGGUUCAACUUGUAGUACAUCUCUGAAACCAUAUUUGGCUUUCAGAUUAUAGUAUUUAUAUUUAUCAUGUUUUGUUUCUCGUGCUUCAACUACACUUUCUAAAGUUUUUCUGUAUGUUUGUUGAUUUUAUGGUUUGAUUUCCCUCUGAAUUUUUAUUUUAUUUUUAAUAAACGCUUGAUUGAUGCCAAAGUAAACUGACACUUCUGCUGUGUCAUGAUAACCAUUAAGGCAAACUGACUCUUACGUAAGUUGGUGUUCAAUUACAAUGCAUUUGCCAUCUUAAAACAAAGCUGCUUGCAUUCUGCUCAGACCCGGCAGGCUAUUUUUGUAUGUUAUAAGAAAGAGGAUAGCCACUGCAUUAUAUGUUAUGACCCCUAUGCAGUUAGUUGGGCCAACAGGAUUGAGGGUAUAAAUGUAAUUUUGUAUUAUCAGGGAACAGUCUUCUCAAACUAAGGCAAUUUUAUAUGUAUUUAGCAAAAUACGACCAGAAUAGUGGUAAACAUAUGAACACAAAAGCUGUCAGAAUUCUUGAGUGUUGUAGCCGUUUCAAAUAUAUUACAUUAAAACACUGGUCUAGAUGCAUCCACUGAUGUCUAUUAAUUAACAUGAUAUGCAAUAUGAUUCUGUAAAUUGUGUUAAAAUGAAGAAAUGUGUUGUGAAACCUUCCCCGUAUAUUGCACCCUACUUGAAAUCCCAUUGGAAUGUAUAACAUCCAGCAAAGAGGUACAGGUUACCCAUUUUGGCAAAAUGUCUUCAUAAUGAGUGUGUUGCACAUGGGCAUGUGUGAAACUUACUCCUCAGCCUGAAGUGUCCCCACAAGCGCCAACGAAUAGCUGGCUUUUCGCGUGGCGCUGACUGGUAAGACGCUUAAGGAGGGCGGUCCCAAGUUUGCGCCAGGUGUGGGCAGAAUCGGGAGGAAGUGGUACUCAAGCAAGCAGCAUUUGUCCUUUACAGGUGUACCACCAAACGUUACAUAGAGCAAGUCAAAUUCCUAGCUAUUAGUAAUUUACCAUAGGGUACACAUUUUCCCAACCAGCUCCAAUUAGCUUUAACUGGAUUAGUCUGUCAUUGCCACAACAAUAAUAGGUGUAAUAUGCCUAAUCCUAAUAAAAAAAAUAUGAUAGUUAUGCAGAUAAAACAACCAAAUUAGGCAGGUUUGCAAAAUAACUAAUCUUAGUAAAAUAUUAGCAAAAUUUUCCUACAAAUUUGCAAAAAACUCUAUUCAUAUAACUGACUUUGGUUAGCAUUUGGAUCCCUAAUUUCUGUAUUUUAUUUUCAAACAAUAAAUUAUAAUAUCCCUAAAGGGUUCUUUCACUGGUUUGUAGUGAUUAUAAUGAUAUACAAUAUUAUGCCAUAUUGUUAAACGUAAAAUCUAGAUAUUGAAUCCUGACAUUCCAACAUAACAUUCUAACAAACCGCCUGCUGAUGAGGGCAUCAACUUACAUAGCUGGUGGAGUACUAAAGUCUUAGGUUCACAGCCUUUAUAGAUAGUGUCUAGUUACACAAUGAAUGGAAAAAUAGUCUAUUGUAGUAAACAGCCUACUGAGAUAUGUAUUGGUUAGUGCUAAAAGCCUGGAUUUGUUCCUAAUCACUAAUUUAAUUGUUUCUAUUAAAUUUGUCAACCAGCAACUGAACUAAUGGCUACAAAAUGAUAAGGCAACAUAUUUCAUUAAAUAACUUGUAAGGUUAGAGAGCAUUAUUUUAAGAUCAUGAUGGUCAGGGACAGAAGAGAUGUUCAUUUUUUGAGAUAGUUUGUGUUUACCUAAAUAUUCAUGUUAACUUGCUGGGACAACUCAACAAAUAGCAGAUCACACCUUUCAUCUUAGCGUGCUGAGUAUUGCUAUACAACAGACUAUUACAGAUGGCAAUAAUAAAAACCAAUAUACAACCAGG